GAACAACAUUCUUUCUCUUGAGCGAGCCAGCCGCCGUGGUUUUGUUUCAAAAUUUAAUUAAUUAUUUAAUAAUUAAUUAAUAGAAUAAACUUUCACAAGUGUUUUUGUGCAAAUUAACUCUUCUCCCUUAAGAAAAAGUAAAGAACAGCACCAAAUUACGUUGUUCAAUUCCAUUUAAAUAUACUAGACGUAAAAACUUUCACAAGUUUUCUGCAAAUUUAAUUGAACGAGGUUUCCGGUAACUAAAAGCUGCUUUGUGUUGUCUUAGUAAAAUUUGAACCAAAAGAUAUCAAACCCUACCAUCCAUCCAAAUUGCUCAUCCUUUAGUUUAAAUUAAAAUCCUCACAAAACAUCCUAUAAAUUUAUUUAUUUAUCAUCAAUAUGUGUCCCAGCGUUAAAGUAGCCGCCAAUAAUCAAAACAAAAACAACAACAUGUCUUUCCGUAACCAAAAUCGCAACAACAACCGCAACUUUGGCGGUGGCGGCAACUAUGGCCCCAUGGCUAAUCGCGGCAUGGGUGGUGGCAACAUGAUGUCCCCUUGGGAAAAUCAGAACUCAGGUGGCGGCUUUGGCGGCGGCAACAUGCGCCAAGGAGGUGGUGGUGGUGGCCAAAUGAACGCCCAAGCCAUCAAUUUGGCCAACAAUUUGCUUAAUAAUUUGUUCCGCAAUCAAAACCCACCAUCCUUAUUAGAUAUGCCCCGUGGUGGCAACAUGAAUCGCGGUGGUCAACGUGGCGGACCGAUGGCCAAUCGUGGUGUCGGUGGCAAUCGUCUAAACAAUCGUCGUGGCCAAGGAACUUUCCAAAACCGUGCUGGUGCUGGUGCUAAGUCAGCUCAAAAGCCCGGCGCUGGUGGCGGCAUUCGCAAGCAGAAUGCCUUUGAUCGUGCAAAGAAACUUUUGGCUAAAAAUGCCACAAAUAAAAAGAAGGAUUCCGCUUCUGGCGAAAAGAAAACUGAGAGCAAAGAAUCCCCCUAUGCAAAUGUACCCAACGACAUGUUCUACUGUCAUUUGUGCAAGAAGCACAUGUGGGAUGCCAACUCAUUUGAAAACCACAUCAAGGGACGCACUCAUUUGAUGAUGCGUGAAGGUAUUGAAGAAAGCUAUCGCCUAAAGGCCAACAUGAUCCGCCAGGAGGCCAAGAUUGCUGAACAAUUUAAGUCCAUUGAAUUGGAUCGUUUGAAGCGUAUGGGCAAGAGCAAGCAACGCCAAUUGGACUACUGUACCAUGUGCGAUUUGAACUUCCAUGGUCAUAUUUCGGCUCAUCGUAAAUCCGAAGGUCACUUGCAAUUGAAGAAAUUCUUGCAUCCCAAGUGUGCCGAGUGCAGCAAGGAGUUCGCCACACGCAUUGACUACGAUUCUCACUUGUUGUCCGCUGACCAUUUGAUCAAGGCUGCUGAGAAGAACACCAAGGUGGGAGAGCGCAAGCGUCAAACUUUGCCUAUUCUCACCGAGGAGGAUGAAUUGAAGGAUGUCCGCCCUCCAACCAAGAAGAAGAAGGCUGCAGCCAAGAAGGCCGAGGCUGCCGAUGGUGCCACCGUCAAGAAGGAAGGUGAAGAGGAUGCUGAAGGCGAAGAAGGCGAGGGCGAGGAUGCCGAGAAGAAGGAAGGCGAGGAGGGCGCCGACGAGACCAAGGAAGGCGAUGAACUCAACGAGACCCAAGAGGGUGAAGAGGAAGUCCCCUUGCCAGUCGAUCCUGAGGAUUGCAUUUUGGAUUUCACUGAUGGUGAUGAAAUCCCCACUGAAGUUGACAACCGUUUGCCCAAAUACAACUGGACCCGUCCAGUGGGCACUGCUCUCAUUACCAAGCUAGAGUGCUUCGAGUGCUCUUUGUGUGGCAAGUUCUUUGACACCGAGAAAACCGUUGAGGUUCACUCUCGCACUGUUACCCAUCACCGCAACUUCUUGAAGUUCAUCAACGAGAAGGCCAGCGAUACCAAGAUUGCCCAAAAGCGCGCUGCCGCCGCUAUUGAAGAAAGUGAACGCAAGAAGCGCAAGGUUGAGGAGGCUGAAGCUGCGGCCAACGGCGAGACCACCGAGGCUGCCGAAGGUGGCGAAGCUGCCGAAGGAGCUGAGGGUGAAUUGUAUGAUCCCUCCGAAGCCACCGGCGACGAUGAAGACGUUGAAAUGAAUGAGAACGGUGAAGGUGCCGAGGCCGAAAACGGCGAAGAAAUGGAAGCCCAAGAAGAAGCCCAGGAUGGCGAACAAGAAGCUGAAGCCGAGCCUGAGCCCGAACCGACACCAGAGCCCGUCAAGGAAGCCAAGACACCAGCCAAAACUCCCGCCAAGAAUGCUGCUGCUACUCCCGCAACCCCUGCUGCUACAGAUGCCUCACCUGCCAAGAAAGCCACUCCUGCAGCACGAGGCGCAGCCGCCGCUGCCAAGGGAACGCCGCGCAACCGUGGUCGUGGUCGUUACAACCGUUACUAAGAAGACAGUAACAUCUUGUUUUUAACCAAGCACACACAAAAAUAACAAAAAAUUACCCCUCCCCCACAUAUAAAUAUAGAAGAAACUUUCCCUCGACUGUUGGAAUGUCUUAGAGAAAGUGUUUGACGCGAAUAUUUAUAUUCAGCAACUAUGAUUUUCAUAAAAUUUCAUUACAUUUCUUUUCAAUAUAAAACUUUACAGUAUAUUUAAGAACAAACCUAACCAUCAAACCAAAAUCGCGCUAACAGAUCCAAUUUUCAUCAUCAUAUUUAAGUAGAAAGACCCCCAAUUGUAAAGUAUCCAUCAAGUCUUUGUAAUCCAGCAAGCUAUGGACAGUAAGAAGCGAUUUUAAGAGCUUCCUAACUUUUAGACUACACUUUUGUUUUUUAAAUGUACUCAAAAAAAGUAAUCACACCAACCUCAAUUCAAACAUCGAGGAAUUAGAAAAUGAAAAUACAAUGAUAAAUAAACAACAUAAAUAACCACAAUUAUUCCAUUACCUAACAUUUUGAAUGACAACCAACAACGGGAAAACCCCAUUUUAAAUAUAGGAGAAAGGAGAAACAAGAAAGUAGUGAUAAGCUUGCUCCUCCAUUCAUAAGUUCGUUCAUCCACUAGCGCUGCAUAUUCGCCAACAUCCUUUCACAUCUGGUCCAUUAAAUGACGGAUGCUGCAGGGAUGGUGAUAAAUGUGUUGAUAACGGAGCACAAUUUGGAGAGCAGCUUCAAUCUCAUUUCAUUUCAUUUCAAAAAGGAAACAACAAAAUUUACAUAAAAUUAUACUUUACUUUUAAGGAUUUUUUUUAGUUAAAAAUAAGUAUUGUACUCUAUUCUUAUCUCUACACACAAACCACUCGUCUUUGAUGAGCGCUAAAUAAAACAUCAAAAACAAACCACUAAAACAACACAUACAAUCCAAUCUUAACUGAUCGGCGCAAAGGUAUACUUAUAUUAAUCCGCAUAUAUAAAAAAGAACAAAUGCAAAACCCCCAACAUCCCAAAUUUAUUCCCUCAUUCAUACGAGGGAAGCAGCAAAGAAGAAAUAUAACAAAAACAGGAACUUUGAGAUACAUGAUAUAAUUUAAAAGUCAAGCUAUAUAGAAUGCAUUGGACAAAAGUGAACAAAACAAAUUGAAAAUUUAAAUAAAAACAACCUACCAAUGUAAGUGUAAAAACAAAAAAUUCUAAAA